UUGUAUACCUAUCUGCAUGAAUAUUUAUGGACAGAUAUUUUUAAUUUUUUGUAUACCAAGUAAACUGCUGAAUUUUUGGCCCAAUAUAAUAAUCCCAGUGACACUAGUCCUGUAAACAUAAAUACAGGAAUGCCUCAGUUUCUUCACUCUCACCAAUUCUGAUGAUGAUGAUCACGGACAUUAAUUCCAUACAAAAUGCCAAAUGCUUAACUGGCGUGUUUGCAUAAAAUCCUUCGAAGCUUGAUAAUUGGUUGACAGGAUCUGAUUGUUAUUUGUUCAACUUUUCCCUGUUAAUGUUCCUGCAUUUCAUCGCUACUUAAUUGACUGUGAAAAAAUCAUGAUUAGUCUCUUUUUCUUAUAUUAUUGCCAGUUUCAUCCGAGAAGUGUAUUUUGUUAUUUGUUUGGUGCUGAUUGCCUGUUGGUUUGAAUGUCAUUGUUGCUGUACUAUUUGAUCACAAGUUGUUUAUAAACUCAUUGUGCUUUGGUGUAUUGUUAGCUGUGAACCAGUUGUUUUCUUUUUUAUACGGUACUGCCAUUUUUGCACUAGUUGUGUAUUUUGUUAUUUGUUUGGUACUGAUUGCCUGUUUAUUUACCAUUUUGCAAGUUACAUUCAAACUCAUUGUGCUUUUUUGAGUGUUGUCACAUUGAGGUGAACUAGAAAAGAUCUUGUAGUGGUGUUGAAUGGCGAGGAAACAUAAGGGAAAGUUUAUGUCAACCAACUAUGUUGGAGUUGUUCAAGAAGCUCCAAAACCUAUGCCAAUGGGAGAUGACCAUGAAGGAGUAAACAAAGGAGUUUUACAAACUAUGCAUUCACAUUGGUCAUUUUGAAAGAUGACAUUGAGGUGUCCAAGUAUGCGAAUGGUUUAUGCAUCUCAAUGCAAGAUGAGAUUUGUGUCCUAAUAAUUCAUUCUAUAGAGGAGAACCACCAAGAAUCACUCAAAGCUAAGAAGUUGUCUUAUAGAUAACAAAGUUGUUGCAACAAUGGCAAGGGCAAGCAAGGUGGGUGGGAGGCAAACAAAUGCAUGCAAGGAGGGCACAUAGAAAAGUGUAAAGUGUCAAAAAAUCUUUGAUAGAGGUGAAGAAUGAGCAAGGCAAGGUUGCGACAAAGGCUUUAGUGGGACUUGCUUCAAGUGCUAGCAUGUAGGUCAUUGGGUGGUUGAAUGCCCAUAUGCCACAUGAGAGCAAGGUUGCAUAGAGAAGUGUGUGCAUAUUGCACAGGCUAAGAAUGAGGAGGUGGGAAGCGAAUCAUGGUGUGCAAAUUGAGAGGUUGGGAAGAAUGUGAUGAUGUGCAAGGUUCUAAAAUGCACACUCGAAGACAAGAAACUGUGGUUGAGUAGGAGCCUCUUUUGAAUUAAGUGCAAGUUAGGAGGAAAGUUUUGCAAGGUGAUAAUUGGUUGAGGUAGCAUUGACGACUUAGUAACGACAAAGAUGGUGUGGAAAUUGGGGUUGAAAAAGAUUGUGCACACAAGGUCUCUUGGUUGCAAAAGGAGCAACUCACAUUGAUAGAGUAGUGUAGGUUUCACUUUGCAUUAGAGGAUAUGUAGAUGAGGUAUGGUGUGAUGUGAUUUGAAUGGAUGCAUUCUAUGUGUUAUUAGGAAGGUUGUGGUAAUGUGAUAGACACACAAUGCAUGAUGGGUUCAAGAACACCUUCAUCAUAAUGAAGGAUGGUAAGAAACGUUGAAUUACUUUCCAUGCAGGAAGAGGAGGUAUGUGGGCAAAAGAGCAAGGUGAUGUUGUCAACAAAGGGGUUUUUCAAGGAAGUGAGAUGUUUGCAACUUUGCAUGCUUGCUAUUGACUCAAAUCUAAGGGAUUAUAAGUUGUUACAUUGCUUAAGAAGUAUGCAAUUGUGAUUGGUGUAGGAAUGCCAAAUGAAUUGUCAUUGAGUGUAGCAUCUAACUUUGAACAUCUUUUAUUUAGGGUUCUACUAUUCCAAAUAAGGUGCCAUAUAGAAUGAAACUGGACAUGAGUGCAAAGUAGAAGAAGUAGGUUGAAGAACUAUUGGAACGAUGUUUGAUAUGGGAGUCCCAAUUGUUACGUGGUGCCCACUUGUGCUAAAGAAGGAUGGAGAGGUGAGAAAGGCUAUAGACUAGCACAAUCAACAAGAAUAGGUGUCGAUUGUUGCGCAUGGAUGACCUAAUGGAUUUCUUAAGUGGUGCACGAUACUAUUUCAAGAUAGAUCAUAGGAGCGACUAUCAUCCAAUUAGGUUUAGGGAAGGAGAUGAAUGGAAGAUUUAUAUUUAGAAUUAAGGUAGGUUUAUAAAGAGAAAACGAACUUGUGUAGUUUCCCUUGCAUUCUUGUAAGCUAUCGUGCUUAGGAAGUUAGGUGCAGCAGGAGAGGAUAAUUGAUGUAAUAACCCAAUUCAUAUACCUAAAAAAUUAACACUAUUCUUUUCUUAUUAAUUUUUAAAGCAAAGUUGUUUAAUUUUUAUCCACAUGUUUACUCAAGCAUCUAUCCAUACGGGAAAGGCAUCUAUCCCUUGUGGUUUCUUUUACGGAGCUUGGCAAAGUCCAGGGGACUUUAGCACCAUUGGUGGAGCAUUCUUCCUUUUUGACAACUAUUAUAUUAAAUAUACAGUUUGUCUUCAAAUUGGAACUAACAAUUAGCUGAGCUGCUAGCUUAUAGAUUACUGUUAAAAUUGGCAUGGGAUAAAGAGAUUAAAAGCUGCCAGUCUAUGGUGAUACAAUUUUUGGUUAUAAAAUGGAUGACAUAUGAACAUGAUAUUCUUUGUGUUUCCCCUGAAACGUUAGCAAUCUAGCUAAAGGAGGUUUCUGGACAGUUUGAUCAUAUUUCUUUCUCACAGAAGUGGACAUAUUAUCAAAGGAAGGCCAACACAGAAGUGGACAUUAUCAAAGGAAGGCCAACAGAUGAUGGCAUGGGUUUUAUUCAUUGAGGAGUUUCAAGGCUUCAUGUGAUGGGAGGUUUAUGUAUGCUCCAUAUUAUGUUUCUCCGCAUGUAUAUCCGACUGUAAAUUUUCCAGGUCAGUUUUUGGGACAGAAUGUGAUGUCUUGCAGCAAUAGUGCUGCAACAGAGUCUGAUAAGUCAACAAAAUGUGAUCAGCUUAGAAGCACACAACAGUCAUCUCACAGUAGUCCAAGGGAUCAUAAUGUUCAAUGUAAUCAAAACCCUUUUUCAUCACAUAUGAAUCAUGAUGAAGAUUUGACAUUGCAAGCAUCUCGAAAAUUGAAAAAUAGUGAUGUAAAAGAUGGCAUGAUGCAAGGUGGUUCACAUCUGCUAAAAAAAGGACAAAAGACUAGCAAUCCUAUUGUCCGAAGCAUUUCUGAAAAUUUGAGAACGCUUCCACUGCAAGUAGACAGUAGGUUGAAGUAUCCAGUUCACCAAGGUUUAAGUUCUGUGAUACAAGAUGAUGAAACAGAACCUAGAGAUAGAGAACCUGAGUUGUGCAAGGACAGUAGUCAGUCCCCUUUUGGUGAUUCAUAUUGUGCUGAUGAUGUACUGAAUUUGGAUAAGCAUCCAAAUGAAGGAGCUGGAUCUAGAGUAGAGUAUGAGGAUAAUGUUCAAAAUAAAAAGAGUAUCAUGUCAGAUAAUAAUGCAAAUUCAAAAGGGAUCAAUACCUGCUCUUCCAUAAGAGAAUCCCAAGCCUAUGUACAACAAAGUCACAGAGCUAGAGAACAUUUGAAAGCUAGUUCAGCUCGUGCAGAAUCCCAGUAUUUAGUAGAAGUUCUCUCUAGAGAUUCAGACGAAGACAUAGAUGGCUGUCAUAAAGAAGGUCAAAGCAAUCAAAAUGAAAUCUUAAGCGAUCAGGGUGACUCAUCUGAUCAGAAUUCUGAUUCUUCAAUGGUAGAUUCACUCCAUGCCUUUGAGAUAACUCCCAAGAGUGUCAUUUCAGCAAUUGGGCAGAAAGAAUUCUGGAGAGUCCGGAAAGCAAUUCUAAGACAACAGAAGAUCUUUUCAACUCAAGUAUUUGAACUUCAUCGACUUGUAAAGGUCCAAAAGCUGAUAGCUAUGCCGUCAAAUUUGCUGAUUGAAGAAAAUAUAUAUAAGAGCUUCCCUAUCAGUAUAUCAGAGGAACAGUGUGUACCCACCAUUGAUCCUGAGAAAUGCACAAAAUCAUUUGAAGAUCUUGUUGAUCAUGAUUGUGAAAUUGUAACAGCUAAAGCUAAACCUUGUAAUAAAGAAAUGCUCACACAUUAUAGCUUGUCAUCUCAUCAAUCACCUAGGGAAAGUGUUCAACCUAUAGCUAAUGAUACAAGGGAUCAAUCACAUGCUGCUACAUUUCCAGUAGGGACCUUUUCUCCUGGGUCCGCAAGUGCAUGGGGGUAUCCUGCUUACCCACAACAUCACUCUGCAAUGCCUGCCAGUCCUGGGUGCUAUGGUUAUUAUCACCAGUAUCCGUUGAACCAGAUGGGAGUUCCAAAUGCAGUGAUGGGCAUACCAUGUUCUUUGGAGGGAAAUUCUAUUGGCUCCCGAAAUAUGCAUAGAUGUCAACAUCAGUGCCAGUGUUCAGCAGAGCAUCAAACAAUAGGUUUGGGACAUUUCCCCAAAUAUCCCUCCCAGGAUGGAUUACGCUACAGCUCUCCAACUCCACCAGUUCCAUUUGAGCCUUUCAGACCAGCGGGUAAGGCAUGCCAUCCUUUUUUCAAGCCGGCAAGAAUUGUGGGGAAUGGAUCGGAGGAGAUGUCAGCAGGGUCUUUUAGAUCUGAAUCUGUAUUGAAGCAAUCAAAACAGGUAACAAACAUUUCAAUUGACAAAUCUAGUAAUGCAUAUCAAUCACAAGAUUCCAUAUCACAGGUUUCAGUUGGACAAGAUAACCUACCACUUGUCCAGACAGGGCAGCCUGGGUUGCAUUCAAAAAAGACGAAUGGUACAUUCCAUCCCUCUUUAUCAUUAUCUGAACAAAAAUUGAACAACACAGACAUGCAGGAGAAGAGGGUUGAUUCUUUGAAAUGGAUACUUUCAGAAGAUGCUCACGAAUGUGAAAGUCCCAACACAAAGGAAUUGAAUGAAGAUGAUGCAGGUGUACCAGAUGUUGUGGAUCUUGAAAAUCAGGCCUUAUCUCUUUUUCCUUUGUCAUCAUCCUUUUUGUGGUCGUCUAAAACAGUAAAAGACAAAGCCCUGUUUUCAUCAAAGGAGGAACGAGUGCAAGUAAUCAAAGCUGUUCCACGGACAGCUAUGGCAGCAUCAGAAUCAACUGCUGAUAUUCUCCUCUCCCUUCAGCGUGAGAGACAGCAAUAGCACAAAGCCACCAUGGCAUAUAUGGUUUGGUAUGGUUUCAAAGCAUUUUGCUCAAGAUUUUUGUAGUUACUUCUGUACAGUAAAGUCCUCUCUAAUAGGACCUAGUUAAAAGAUAAAACAUGUUUCUGUGCUGCUUCUAGGGAAAUGUUAGAAGCUGCUUUUAUGGCCACUAUUAUUGACACCGGUGUAAAUUUGAUGGGAUUCACCUGAGUGAUAGGAAAAACCUUUAGUGGUCUCAGCAUUAAUUUCUGAUGCUUGUAAGUAACCAUUUUGAUUUCGGUGUGAAAUUAGGUAGCUCUUGACCUAGUUUUGCCCUCCUUUUAUAUUUUUGCAUCACCUUUAUAGUAUCUAUUUGUAUUCAAUAUGCAUUAGGGACCCCAUUAAGCCUAUUUUGUACUUGAACAUUUCUGUCCUGUGACCACUCUCGGUCAUCUGAUGGCAUCGAUAAUAAUUCAAUUUCAUUUCAUUGAUUUUC